AUGACCAAACUUGCUAAACUUGCCACUGCUGAGAUCAUUUCAUCAAAGCUUAUUGGUAAAGGGCUGCUUCAUCUCUACUUGUUGCUAUUGGUUCUCAUUUACCAGACCUUUGUUAAGAAUUUUUCAGCUUUGAAUUUAGGAAAACAUGGACCUGAAGGGGUGGAGAUAUUACCUCUAGAUUUGAGUUCUGGUGAAGAUGCAAUCAGAGAGGUUGUUGAAAAAGCCAUAUCUUUAUUCGCUGGUGCAGGUGUAGAUUAUGUUAUCCAUAAUGCAGCUUUUGAGAGACCUAAAUCAGUAGCACUUGAUGUGCCAGAAGCAAGUCUGAAGGCUACACUUGAUGUAAAUGUUGUGGGGCCGGGUUUAUCUUACACGAUUACUACUCCCUCACAUGUUAAAGAAAGGAAAAGGACACUUUGUUGUGGUAAGGCUCCUGCACCAGGUCAAGCAGUAUAUUCUGCUUCAAAAUUUAUAUUAAAGGGCUACUUUCAUUCCUUGCGGUCUGAGUUUUACCAAAAGGGAAUCAUGGUAACAGUUUUUUUCCCUGGGCCAAUAGAGACAACAAAUGCACCUGCUACAAGCACAACAUCCAAGGAGAGUGUGUUUGUUAACAGAAACGAGUAUCAUCAGAGAGUGUGUAGAGCUUGUCUUAGUUGCUGCAAGCCAUGGUUUGAAAGAAGCUGGAUUUCAUAUCAGCCUGUGCUUGCUGUUAUGUACCUAGUGCAGUACAUGCUAUCUGUUGGAUUUUGGCUAAUGGAUAAGGUGAGAUAUAAAGUAGCUUAUCGCCCAUCUGAGCUUCUCUGUCCUCUUAGUUACCAGACAUGGACACUUCAUUUGCUUCAACUAGUUUUGCAUCCAAAUCAGAUUGAGCUGAUAUCUGGUGAUCAAAAUGGGGAUAUUCGUGUAUGGGACUUGACUACAAACUCUUGUAGCUGUGAGCUGGUGCCAGAGGUUGAUACAUCAGUGAGAUCAUUGACAAUGAUGUGGGAUGGAAGCUUGGUAGUUGCUGCAAACAACAAAGGAACUUGUUAUGUCUGGAGGCUCUUACAUGGGACACAUGUUGCGGGAUCCCACUUGGAUACUGUUUUUGACAAACUUAAAGACAUUCUUGACAACAUUGGAAAAAGUGUUCUCUAG